AUGCCACGUGAGAUGCCAAAUAUAAUUGAUCCACACUCUAAACAAACCACUGGAGACAUUCCCAUUUAUUCUCGCACACUCGCUCUCAAUUUCAAUUCAAAUAUGGGAAUUGGAUCAUUGAGAAAUAUGAUACUAGUGAUGAUGAUUUUGUUGAAAGGGGCUUUUGGGAUUGAUAGAGAAGAAUGCUUGUCUCAUGAUGUUCACUAUGAAGGUGAUACUGUUCAUCUUUCCUUUGUGGUUAUUAAAGCUAACGGGCCAUGGGAUUAUGGUGAUGAAGAAGGUGUUCAUCUUCUGAUAGUAAAGACGGAUAGCAAUAGAUGA